AUGUUUAAACUCAAUAAUAUUAUCAGUGCAGUAAUUUUUAUUAAAAUUUUUGGCAAUUCUUCGGCAAAUGAGUGUAACACCAGUCAAAUAAUUUUGUCCUAUGCACCAAUUAAUGAUAGCCAAGAGAUCAGAGGUCAGAUUGUAAUUUAUUGGUUCUUAGAAGACUUCAAGCUAGGUGACAGUCUCGUUCUUUAUCAUGAUACAAAAGACUUAUUUUUUACAUACUUUCCAAAAAACAGUAGUGGUUUUGUCAAAACGGGAAUAGCACCAGUAGACGCGAGGUACUCGUUAGAGUCGAUGUACAUCGAUCAAUGUACAGGUUAUCACGUAGCUUGGUUAAGGAAUUCUACAGAGCUUAUGUUGACAUGUUUGUCAUCUCAUGCGAACUGGAUGUAUGAUAACAGAAAAAUAAUUGAAAAUUUGACUCUCGCUGAGCUAUUUAUACCAGGAACGCAUAACUCGGGAUCUUACAGAUACGAAUUACCUCCGACAAUUUUAGAUCGAUAUACAGUAACACAAGAAAAGAGCGUUAUGGACCAAUUACUUACCGGAAUACGUUACUUGGACAUAAGACCGUGUAUUGUUGAUAAUAAAUACUGGGUUUGUCAUGGACUUUUCGCUAUGCAGCCUCUCGACGAUAUCUUUAAAGACAUUAAAGAUUUUUUGGACAACACUAUGGAAAUUGUUAUCAUCAACUUUAAAGAAUUUCCUCAAGGAUUUGAAAUACUUGAAAGUCACUUAAACUUUCUGAAUUAUCUUCUUGACGAAUUUGAAGGAUAUUUUCUAGAAACGUUCCAAAUUCAUCAAAAGACUUUGGGUGAAAUUUGGAAAUCCGACAACAGACUUAUUUUUAGUUACGUUUCUGAAUUCGAAGCGCUGCCAAACUUGAAUCAAAGUAAGUUGAUUUAUCAAAGCUUGAUGGUAGCUCAAAAUUUGUUUAUUUGCAGCCGUGAAUUUUCCAAAAUGAACCUAAGAGCAGUGAUGGCCGAAAUAACAUUGGAUUCUUCAAUGAUAAUAGUAGAUGCUGCGCUUUUCUAUUUUGGACGCGGUGAAAAAUCACUACGCGAGCUAGCUGUUCAAACUGGACCUCUGGUGACGAUGUGGUACAAAAAGAGACACUUCAAAACGGCAAAUAUUGUAGCCGUGGACUUUAUCGAUGCUACUGGAAUCAUCGAAGUUGCCAUUUGGAGCAACAUUUACCGAGCUAAGUGCGAUAUGUCAAAUUAG